AUGGAGCCCUUUGGACCUAGUUACAGAUGGUUCGAGCUGUACUCGCACAGAACAGAAUCUGUCCGCUGGACAGUCUCCUCGGAGUCUGUUUGGGUUCGAACGUCUCUCUCGUCUGGCACUCUAGCUGUUGCAGAGACUACCCGGAUCCACGUCACCGUUGACUGGGACCAGGUACCGGCUGGGUUUGAUGCUGAGGGGCUACUCGAAGUUCGUUCAGACAUGGGAGACUUUGACUAUGUCCAUGUUCCAGUUCAGAACCGAGAGGCCCCAGCAGGCUUUGUGGGAUUUAUCGAAUGUGACAGACAUGUUUCCAUCAAUGCACCUCACCUCAUCACCAUCAAUACAAACAAGAUGCCUUAUGAUAUAUUUCCCCAUCUUAGUCGUACAGGUGUAGGCUCUGUGGGACUGAAGAGACCCAUUUGGGAGGCGGACAAUCUUCCAAGUCUGCAAUACCCAUUUUUUACAUUUCAUCCUGCGUCCGAUGCGAUUUUGACGCUUUACUUUACCAUGACAAUGAACUUUGAGCCUGAAAAUCCACUAAAGUAUGAUUUAUGUGUUGACAAAUCUUCUCCGUCUACUCAGCGAUUCGUACCAGAUGCACCAAGCCCUGGUGAUGCUCCCCCUGGCGAUUUGCCAGCUGGGUGGUUUGAAGAGUGCCCAACCGGGGCUUGGACACGCAGACAUACCAUUUCUUUGGCGAAGUCGGGCGCACACCUUAUUCAAAUCCGCUUGAGAAAUUGCAACUGUCUCUUGGAAAAGCUUGUGAUAGACUUAGGUGGUGCGCGGAAGAGUUAUCUAGGUCCGUCAGAAAGCAUGACCCUAGGAAUUUCUUGA